GUGCCUUUUCCUGUCGGCCCCCCGAGAGCGGGGAACCGAGCCGCCGGAGAACCGGCCGCUAGGGCUCGUCCGGCGGCCGAGGAGGUUAAGCGGCUCAGGGCUGGACGUGCCGGGACCCGGGCGGGAUGCGAGCGCCGGAGUUGCUGGGCCGCGCCAAGAGCCGCAGAGACCACCCCGGAGAAACUGGAUAAACCCUCCGCACGGGGACGCCGUUUCCGCGUGUCGCCAGCCCCCGACCGUAGGGCUCUGUCCCUUACGGCCUCCGCAAAGGUUGGCUGAGGACUCCAGUAAUUCCCUUCAACCGGAUCUUAGUUUCAUAAGUAAUUUUCUCAAGCCAGAGAAGUUAACAAAGGCAGAGAAGAGGUUUAAAGAGAAGGCAGUAGUGGAAAUGGUGAAGCUAGACAAGCAAAUCAAAGAAACUCAAAUCCGACUAGAACCGUUAGUGGAGGAAAGCAGGCAGCUGCUGGCAGAAAACGUACGUGUCGAGGAGGAAAACCAGUUCUUUCUGGAAUACCUGACCAAGCAAACAGAAGAGUCUAGACAGCGAACCGAGAAGCUGUGGAACUACUGUUUACAACAAAGUGGGCAGAUUAAACAAAGGAGACAAGAAUUAACCUCCAAAUAUGCGGAAAAAAAUACAGCGCUUAAAACAGAGCUCUUGCAGAAAGAAAAGAUCCUAUGCAAUUUGAAUAAGCAGUUGGAAGCAAUGAGGGACGUUUCGAUAGUAAAGGAGAAACAGGAGAAAGAAAUUCAGGCACUACAGCAGGAGAUAAAGAAAACCCACGCUGAGACAGCUGCAAAGAAACAGGCCAUGCUGGUCCAGUUCUUCCAGGAUAAAGCCUUACUGGAGGCACAACUGAGUGAGCUAGAUGCAAGGCAGUUGGGAAAGAGACCAACAAAGGAGGUGAACAGCAAGAACGAGGCCUUGGAGAGGGCAGCAAAGCAGUACACUUCCGAGUUCCACAGUAGCAUCGACAGACAGCACCAGCAGUUACAGAAGGAACUACCACAGCUAAUUCAGAAAUGCCAGAAGUUGGAGGCUACUCACAGCCGUUUAAAAAAGCAGCAGCAGCAGCUGCAGCGGGAGCAGUGGUACCUAGAGUGCUUAAGCCGGGGGAGGCAACGGCUGCAAGAAAGGCGUAAUCCGUGCCCAAAAGGACAAGGUGCUCCAAAGACCACACUGAACCCUGCCCUAGGCACCAAAUCAAGGACGCAUCCAAAGUAAUUCCUAAAAUAACACGAAGUCAGGAAUGGAGCAGGUGUUCUUAGGUGCUACGUAACAUAAACCAGGUUAGGAAGGCUUUGGGAUCUCAGGGUGCUGUGGUUAAAUAUCCAUCAUGAUGUGUUAGUGUGAAGGAUUAGGUGCUUUUCUCCAGCAGUACUGCUAGAUUAUCUGUGGGACUGGCUUUCCUUAAAGUUAGGUUUUUCUUUAAUUAGCUCUUGGUAAUAAAUGGGCUGUUCCUCACACCUCCAGGUAACUCAGUACCAUUUGCCAAAAACCCAGAUGUGAAACUACCUCAAGAAAACCACCUUGAGGAAGUGACAGGAAAAUAGUUGUGUGGUGUGUUUCACCUAGCUAAGUUAGGUUUCUUUAUAGAAAAAGCCCCCUGAAGAAUAGCAUUUCAGAUUGUUAUAUUCUGCUUUCUGCUCUGUAAACAACCAGUGUCCAUGUAUCCUCACUUCUUUGGCCACCUUAGCACACAGUGCUUUUAAGCUCUUUGUAAAAGUUUGUGCUGGUGAUCAGGUAGCUGCUUCUACAGUUUUCUCAUGAUUGAAAAACUCUUCACAGCAAGCGUAAUAAGCCUUAGGCAGAGUAACCUUCUGUCUGAUGCUCAGCCCAUACCAUUUUUGCUUUGUGUAAACCGUGUGAAGGGAAGAGAAGAUAGAGGGUAUGUAUACCUGGUCAGUUUUCUGUGGAGAAAUACCUCUAGCCUGAAUGAGGUGACUGAAUGCUUCUGCCUGUUUUAGGAAAAUGUAUCAAAAGAAAAUUUUCAUAUAUUUGGAGAACUUUCUAAAGAGUCUUUUGCCGUCUCUUUCCCAGGCAACAUCCUCAAUUUCUAAGAUGACAAAGAUGACUGAAGUUUCGAUAGAGUGAGCACUUUAGCUCUAGGUCACUUAUUACGUUUUUACUGCAUAAGCACUUCCUAGUCCUUGAAAUGCGUUUUGUUAUUCAUGUGUACCCUAUUUAUGCCCCUUCAGUAGAACUAGGAAUAGUAUUUUAAAUUAAUAUAGACUUUUAGGGUAGUUAUAUUUUUGGCACUUAGGACAUACUGAUGGUUAGAUCGGGGAUUUCUUUGAAUGCUGAAUCCUGGUACAGAAAUAUAGCCUUAUAUUUUAAUGUUGCUCCUUUAUGGAAAAACAGAAUCAACUUAAUGUUUUCAAGAAGUUGUCAGUGAUGAAAAAGUUCAUAAU